GCCCUGGGGGUUUGUAAUUCAUUAGUGAAAUGGUGCAGGUUGAGACUGUUGCACAAUUUGGGGUAGUGUUUCUUCUCUUUGCUUUGGGGCUGGAAUUUUCUCUUGCAAAGUUAAAAACUGUGGGGCCAGUUGCUGUUCUGGGAGGGCUACUUCAAAUUGUCAUUUUUAUGUUCAUGUGUGGCAUUCUUUCCAUGUUAUUUGGAGCCAAAUUGUCUGAGGGUGUUUUUGUUGGUUCCUUUCUCUCAAUGUCAUCAACAGCAGUGGUGGUAAAGUUUUUGGUGGAGCGGAAUAGUAGUAAUGCUCUCCAUGUUCAAGUUACGAUUAGGACUCUUAUUUUUCAGGAUUAUGCAGUUGGUUUACUAUUUGCUUUGCUCCCAGUUUUGGGUGGUAACAGUGGCCUUUUGCAAGGAAUAAUUUCAAUGGGAAAACUGUUUGUAGUGCUGUCUUUGUAUCUCACUGCUACAUCUAUAUUGUCCUGGUCAUUUGUUCCUCGCUUUCUUAAACUGAUGAUGCGGCUCUCAUCUCAGACAAAUGAACUUUAUCAGCUAGCUGCUGUUGCUUUCUGCUUGUUAUCUGCAUGGGUGAGAAAAACAAAUGCUGACUGCUUGCAGUGAUAAGCUUGGCCUUAGUCUUGAACUGGGUUCAUUUAUGGCUGGUGUUAUGAUUUCUACUACAGACUUUGCUCAACAUACUUUGGACCAGGUGGAACCAACUCGUAACCUGUUUGCAGCUCUCUUUCUCUCGAGUAUUGGAAUGCUUAUACAUGUGCAUUUCCUUUGGAACCAUGUGGAUAUCUUGCUGGCAUCUGUUAUUCUGGUUGUAGUUGUUAAAACUGCUGUUGCUGUUAUAGUUACGAAGGCCUUUGGUUAUAGCCUUAAGACAUCAUUUAUUGCAAGUUAAUAUGGUCAACUUCUUGGAUAAUAUAAUGGUUAACUAUACAGACUUUCAUAUGAAAAUGUCUGUUUUCAUGUGACAACUUAGGUUGGUAUCUCACCUGCUCAAAUUGGAGAAUUUGCUUUUGUUCUCCUGAGUCGUGCAUCAAAUCUUCACCUUGUUGAGGGGAAAAUGUAUCUUCUUCUUCUAGGGACAACAGCUCUCGGUCGGGUUACAACCCCACAGUUGUUUAAGUUGAUACCUGCUGUCAUGAAUCUGGGUGUUCUCAUGCAUUGGUUCCCCUCUGAAAGUAACACACAAAAUGAGGGGAAAGCUUCACUUAAUGAAGCAAACAGAAUGUUGUGAGUCCUCAAGUUUUCAUGACAUCAAAUCAAAUAGUAUAUUGGAGGCAAUUAUCUACUUUUUGGUGGCUAGUGAAUUCAUGAUUUCUUUACUGUGUUUCUGAUGCAAGUUGCAUGAUGAGCUUCACAUGAAGCAUUCAGCAUAUUCACUUCCAUUGAAAGUUAAUGGAAGAUCUUGUGUAUAUAGGCAUAUGAUUUUUGUAUUCUUUGAGCAAUGUAUAUAGGAAAUUACAAGCCAGUAUUGUUGCUUACGCUGAUCCUAUCACAUCAUACGCUGGUUUGCCUAUAUUUGUUGCUAUGAAGUUGCUCUAGAUGUAAUGAUUCACAAAAUUUUAGAGUAGAUAGAAUUCACGGUGUAACUUUUUUGUUUAAAGAUUCAUCUU